AAAUCAUAGGUUGGGAGAAGAUCUUCAAAAAUCUUCGAAGAGUCGAGCUCCAAGUUAGCAUGAAAAUUAGCGGCUUGUGUUGCACAGAGGCAAAUAUUGCAUUGGUGGGUUGAUCGUCUGAGUCUUCUUUUAGUCUUCUAAACCACGUGGGCUUUUACAAUCUUGCCACCGAGGUGCUAUAAAUACCCCCACCUCCCACUCCAACUUUGUAUACCGACACCAAUUCGUUGACAAGUUCUCAUAAAAUAAGUCAAUCUCUCUCACUCAUUUGGAGCAAAAUUUCACCUGGGUUUAUCUAGCAAUUCUUUGGAUGGGAGACGACGCUGCCACAAAAAACCAGCAGCUCCACCACCACCAAGUUUUUGAUAUCUCAGUUGAUGUUCCUCCACAAGGAGGCUCCAAGUGCUUUGAUGAAGAUGGCCGUCUCAAACGAAUGGGAACUGUUUGGACUUCAAGUGCUCACAUAAUUACUGCUGUGAUUGGUUCUGGAGUUCUGUCCUUGGCUUGGGCCACAGCUCAGCUUGGAUGGGUUGCUGGCCCUUCUGUGAUGCUCUUGUUCUCUUUCGUUACCUACUACACUUCGACUCUCCUGUCUGCAUGCUAUCGUUCCGGAGAUUCGGUCACUGGGAAGAGAAACUAUACUUACAUGGAUGCUGUUAGAUCCAAUCUUGGUGGAGCUAAGGUUAAAAUUUGUGGAUAUGUUCAGUACUUGAACCUUUUUGGGGUUUCCAUUGGUUACACAAUUGCUUCAUCCAUAAGUAUGAUGGCAAUAAAGAGGUCUAAUUGCUUCCACAAGAGUGGUGGGAAAAAUCCAUGCCGUAUUAACAGCAACCCUUAUAUGAUCGCUUUCGGUGUCACAGAGAUCAUAUUUUCUCAGAUUCCGGACUUUGAUCAGCUGUGGUGGCUCUCCAUUGUUGCUGCAGUCAUGUCUUUCACUUACUCAACCAUUGGACUAGGCCUUGGAAUUGCUCAAGUUGCAGAAAAUGGAAAAAUCAUGGGAAGCAUGACCGGAAUAAGCAUUGGGACUGUGACUGCAACCGAAAAGAUGUGGAAGAGCUUCCAAGCACUCGGUGACAUAGCUUUCGCCUACUCAUACUCUCUCAUCCUAAUCGAAAUUCAGGACACAAUUAGAUCCCCGCCAUCUGAAUCCAAGACAAUGAAAAAGGCCACUCAAAUCAGUGUGGCUGUCACAACCCUUUUCUACAUGCUUUGUGGAUGCAUGGGAUAUGCUGCUUUCGGAGACUUGUCCCCCGGAAACCUCCUCACCGGUUUCGGUUUCUACAACCCCUAUUGGCUCCUUGACAUCGCCAACGCUGCCAUUGUCAUCCACCUUGUUGGUGCAUACCAAGUCUACGCACAACCCCUUUUCGCCUUUGUUGAGAAAACUGCAGCGCAAAAGUUCCCAGACAGCGAAUUCAUAACGAAAGACAUCAAACACCGGAUCCCAGGAAUUGGACCCUACAACCUUAACCUAUUCAGAAUGAUCUGGAGGACAGCAUUUGUGAUCAUAACCACUGUGAUAUCCAUGAUCCUCCCGUUCUUCAACGACGUGGUUGGACUUCUUGGGGCUUUUGGGUUUUGGCCACUCACGGUUUACUUCCCGGUGGAGAUGUACAUUGUGCAAAAGAGGAUUCCAAAGUGGAGCACACGAUGGCUUUGCCUCCAAACCCUAAGUGGUGCUUGCCUUAUAAUAACCAUUGCAGCUGCCGCCGGAUCAAUUGCUGGUGUGGUUAGUGAUCUCAAAGUCUACAAGCCAUUCACUGCCAGCUAUUGAGAUCUAGCAGAAUUUGAAUUAACAAGUUCCAUUUACUUUAGCAUUUCUCCUAAUCAAGGAAGGAAAGAGAAUUGUUCAUGGUGGUCAGUUCUUGUUCAUGUUCAUAUAACAAAAUCUUCAUUGGUGGUGGUGUUGUUGAUGUUAGUUUUUGGUGUCUUUGUGUUGGUUUCUACUGUCUUCAAGGGAAGGAAAGGCGGUGCCAUGUAUGUAUUUAUCUGAAAUCAAAUCAUGAGUACUUCCAAUUCCCUAAUUAA